AUGUCCAAUAUGCAAGGAAAACUUUUAUUACAAAGACAACUUGAAGAUUUACAAAAAAAUCCGGUUGAUGAAUAUCCACAACGUCCUCCUAAAAUAAAAUUUAUCCCAGAAAUGUGGCAUCCAAAUAUAGAAAAAAAUGGAAAUGUUUGUAUUUGA